GAAUAUCCCAAAAUCCAAAUACAAAAGAGUAUAUAAUGGUUCUUGAAUAUGCAGAAGGUGGAAACUUCAUUAAUUAUUUAAAGGAAAAGUGUGAAGUUUUUGAUUGGUCUAAUGGAUUAAAAAUAUUAACUGACAUUAUUAUUGGUCUAAAUACAAUUCAUCAAAAACAGAUGAUUCACCGUGAUUUUCAUAUUGGCAAUAUAUUAUUUAAAAAAUUACAUAAUUAUAAUGUGUGUAUUUCUGACAUGGGAUUAUGUAAAAAAAUUGAUGAUAUUAAUGAAACAAGUAUUUAUGGAGUUAUGCCUUAUGUAGCUCCUGAAGUGUUAAAAGGAAAUCCUUAUACUCAAGCAGCAGAUAUAUACAGCUUUGGUAUGAUUAUGUAUGUCAUAGCAACUGGUAAACAACCUUUUGCUAAUUGUGCUCAUGAUGAGGUUCUAGCAUUAAAUAUAUGUAAUGGAAUUAGACCUGGAAUAAACGAUCAAAUUACACCAAAAUCUUAUAAGUUAUAA